ACCGUUCGCAAAUCAACAUGGCGGGUGUCAACAAGCAUGCACAUAUUCCUCAGCCACUGAACUGAACUGUACGUACUCUAGCGUACCCAGGUGUUGCAAGACGCAAUCGCGAGUUAUUUUUCGAACACCAUGAGCCACUCGAAAAGUAUCAAACUCUCAAAAUCUUUAGCCUACGUCCUGCGUCACGGUGCCGAAACGGAAGGCCUCAGGAUGGACGACGGCGGUUACAUUGACGUAGUCGCUGUGCUUCGACUGGCUUCGUUUCGUCGAUGUGGAUACACCGAAUCUGAUGUGAUGAACGUCGUAGAAACAAGUGACAAGCAAAGGUUUGCACUGCGUCAUCACCCUGAAACGGGAAGACUUCAAAUACGCGCAAAUCAGGGUCACUCGAUCGAGAUCAAAGACGACGGAACGUUGCUUACGCCGAUUAGCUUAGAGAGCUGUCCAGACGUCGCAAUUCACGGCACAUACUUCAAAAAUUGGCAGACGAUACAACACGCUGGCUUAUCUAAACGAGGAAGGAAUCAUAUCCACUUCGCAGCUGGUUUCCCCGGCGACGACGGCGUCAUUAGUGGGAUGCGUCGGAACUGCGAAGUCGCGAUAGUGAUUGAUUGCAAGUCUGCGCUAAUGGACGGGCUGAAGUUUUUCAGGUCCGAGAACAAUGUCAUCCUUUGUCCGGGAGAUUCAGAUGGAACUCUGAGCCCGAAGUAUUUCAAGGAAGUGUGGCAGUGUCGGCCCAGAAAGCGUUUAUUGUAAAUUAGAGGUAUGUAAGUUGGUUGGUUAACAAGAGGAAGUGGAAACGUC